AUGGACAGCAAGAACAAGUGUCAAGAUAGAGGGGAAACGCUGUCGUCUGCAAUUUCAUCUAAAGAGAAAGAAGACAGCGAGCAUAUGGAUGACUCGGACGAUAGAUCCCAAUCGCCAAUUUUAAUCACUCACCAUCAGGAAAAAAAGCAACAUCAGCAACACCAGCAACAAAGUUGCGUGAAACAACAGGUUAAUAGUUCAGGAACAACAAAAGUACGACCUAUUCUUUCAUUUGGAAUCAGCAGAAUCUUGGACAAUGAUUCGAACUCAGAUUCGGACUGUCAGUCAGGUGGUGAGGAUAACGGGCCGUGUGAUGGUCGUACGAGGCGCGGAAAUGUCACGCCAGAAAAACACUGUCUAUCUAUGAAAACAACUGCAGAUGAGGAUGACAAACCUUUCAUACAAAUUCCUAAACUUACACCAGAAUUAUUUGCAUCUGUUGCAAAUGGUUACCAUGGAUUCCACGUGCCUCUGACGGUACCUAUUCACCGACCCCACCCCGUGUUUCCCACUAUGACGUCAUACACACUGCCUGGGUGGCUCGACCUUCGACGGGACAGGUUUGGUGUGACAAGAAGAAUAGGACAUCCAUACCAAAACAGAACACCUCCAAAACGGAAAAAGCCGCGGACAUCAUUCACUCGCCUACAAAUCAUGGAACUAGAAAAACGUUUCCACAGACAGAAAUACCUAGCUUCAGCUGAGCGCUCAGCUUUGGCCAAAGCACUAAAAAUGACUGAUGCACAGGUGAAAACAUGGUUCCAAAAUCGUCGAACAAAAUGGAGACGACAGACGGCUGAGGAGCGGGAGGCGGAACGUCAGGCGGCUAAUCGGCUGAUGAUAAGUCUACAGGCGGAAGCCAACAAGACAAUAUAUGACAUUCGAGACCCCUUGUGCAUGAGCAAUUCUUCCUUACAUGCACUUCAAAACCUUCAGCCAUGGGUUGACGAUUCUUCCCGGGGUGACCAGUGAUUGAUGACGUAGAAUAUGACGCAGGGAAAUAUCACCAAGUGAGAGAAAUCCCGAAGUGAUAAUUUAUUGAGGAAAGUCCCCAAGUGAUGAAUAGUAUAAGGGAAGCUCCGAAUGGAAUUAAAUGUCCGUGACGAUCGGAGCGCCUUGUCUCCUAUCUGAAUUCUGUUUCGGAUAGAGAGAUAGUGUGAUCUGAUUCCACAGAGAGAAAAAAGGACAUCCCGAUUAACGAAAAGGUCAUUCGCCAGUGACUUCAAGAUGCAUUCGACCGUAGCGUUAAUUUAUUCUCCACCGUGACGUCAUUAUUGGUCAUACUGUUUGGUUGAAGAAUCUACUCACUUUAC